AUGGUGGCUUGGUAUGGGUUGAUGAGAGAAGGAGACCUUGGCUUGAGAAUAUUAGUUGAAGAUAACAGGAAUCCACGUAAAAAAGUUACUGCUAUAUCUUCAUCUAGCUUAUAA